AUGGUGGUGGAUAUGGACAAUGCGACGAGGCUCAUCGGAGACCUGCAUCAGAAGCUAGCCGACCUCGACCACAAGGUUGCAGCCUACCGCCAAGACAUGGCAACCGAGUUCUAUAGGUACUCCCAAAAGCUCCUCCAGAACCUCCCACGAGACAAGCAAGCCGAGGUCGAUCGUCUCGUCGCCGCUUCCUUCCACAACUAUCCCAAUCUCGCUCCCGCCCUCACUCUCCCACGAGACCACCCUGACUCACCCCCACCGCCGCCGCCUACCGACGACCCCGACAAGCCCACCGAAACCACCUCCCCCGACCGCCGUGCCCCGACCCCGACGCCGCAGUCGUCUCCCUCCUCUGCGCUUCCCCCAUCCGUCCUCUCUCAUGCCGGAACUGCCACCCUAACCUCUCCCGACAGUACACACGACCGGGAAAGGGAUAGGGAACUGCACGGCCUCUUCACUCCGACCUACCUGCCUCUGCUCGACAGCGCACAACCGCCCCCCGCGACGAACCACUCGCCAGUCCUCUCACCACCAUCAAAGCCCACCACCGACGACGAUAUGGGUCGGCGCAGUUCCGGACAGGCGAGUGACCGUCCCGCUGUGCAGGUGUCUGUCGCUGCGACCCAGACGCCCGAGCGGCCGAACCACGAGCGCCGGGCGACGGACGAGACAACCUCCUCGGGCACCUCUGAGCAGAGCGAAUCCAAGGUCCGCCGGAGUGCCUUGCGACGGGCGUCGAGCGGCGGAUCUAAGCCCCCAGCCAGCCCCCGCCGCGUACGCUUCGAGUUUGAGGGAACAGAGGUGCUGCCUACAGCCUCGCCGCAGUCGACAGAGCCGUCACUGGUGCAGUCACACACCCUGGCCAACUCGAGGUCACCACCCCCGCCUGAAGAUGAGUCAAUGACUGUCGAGUCUCUGCUGGGCCCUGAUGAAGACCUUGGGCCCCCGCCAAAGAAGGUGUCUUCCUCCCAGGCACUCCGGGCUCUCUCCAGAGCUCCCUUGGAUGCGAAUACCGUAUGGACUGUGGUGAACCCUGACGCCGCUGGGUCUGAGAAUGGCAGCAUGGCGACGUCUGAUUCUGAGAGUUCUUUGCACGCGAGCAGCUCCCGUCAGCCUCAAGUCCAACCCCAGGACCCACCGAAGAAGGUUGAAGUAGAGCGUGGGCGUGAGCGCGAGCGCCAGCGCGCCCCAGAACCACCGGCAUCUCUAAAGCCAGUCCGCACAGCGAGGGACUACGACAGCGACGACAGCUCUUCCGACGACGAGUUCCUUGCCAUGGCGAAGCCAAAGUCGUUUGCUAACAAGAAGGCCAUCAUGUCUCCGACAUCACGUUCGCCGACAAGGACAGUCCCCGUACCCCAGAGCCCCAGCUCGGAAAAGCCAGCACCUCACACAGAGACCCAGUCGUCAAGUCGGAGUGGCGUCGAGGAGGAAGAUGAUGAGGACAUGUUCCAUUUCGAGGGAUUGAGUGCUCCGCCCAAGCCUCGGGCCAGGCCUGCACCCAUACAAGAAGAGGACGAGGACGAUGACGACAACGAGGUUGAAUCAAGCGAACCCGUGGUGCAGACAUUGUACUCAACCUCACCCGCCGUGUCCAUUCCCAAGCAAACAGAGCCGCAGAUCCCCGCGCACCUCAUCUCUGGGUCCGUUGGGUCCUUCAGGGGUCGACCUGUGAUCAUGCCGGUUGUCAAAAAUCCUGAUGUAUACCAGCAAGCAGCCUCGCUGGGUGACGUUAGCAGUUUUAUCGGAGGUUUGGACGGACGCAGCGGCGUCGACGAUGGUGAUCUCAGUAGCUAUCGCGCCAGCGUUGGACAAGCAUUGUUCUCGGGUACGCCUCGAAGUUUGACGGAACGAAUGAUGAUGGAGGAAGCACAGAGCCAGCGACGUGCCGCUGCUCAGCGACCGCACUAA